AUGUCUACUAAUAAGGAAGUUGUGUCCAAUUCCACUGGUAAAAACACAACUCAUGCUGAUACCAUUGCUAAGGAACCACAUGUUGAAUCACAUGUUGAUUCACAUGUUGAUCCAAAUGUUGAAGCAUUUGUUCCAAUAUCUGAUGUGGAUGAAAGUAAUGAUUCUUCUGAAUAUUUGAGGACUAAGAAUCCUCAAAAUGAAGAGGUUGACAUUCAUAGUAAAAGGAAUGAUGGAGACAAUGAGGAUGAUUACAUUCUCAUUGCCAACAUCAUGAAAAAUAUUGUUGAAGAGAAGGCUUCUCAAGAAUCAACUUUGAAUAUUUUGAAAAGCUUAGCUAGGUAUAUAACUGAUAAAGCUAGAGAUAAAAAGCAAAAAGUCGAUACUCCAAAGUCUGCUAUAAAGAAUGUGGAGCAGAAAACUCCUAGGAUAAGUCCUCUAAACAAGAAGAAGAGGGUAGAAGAAAAGGCUAUUGAUAGAAACUCUCUUAAGAGGAAACUUGUGUCAUCAAGUGAAUCAAAGACAUUUGUUAAAGCAGAUGUCAUAGACGUUGUUCCCUCUUACAGAUAA